AUGCCAGCAGAGCUCUUGGACAUGGAAGAGUGGGAAAUCGCUCCUGGACGUGUUCGCGACGACCAGAGCCAGGAACCGACGAACGUGGCAUUCUCGAAUGCAUAUCUUACAUCCAACCAAGCCGUCAGCGUCUCAGAAGAUAUUGCUUUUAACGUCAUCGUUAUUAAGCCUGGCGGCUCUCAUCGUUGGACCGACGAGGAGGACAAGGUGCGCAUAUGCUCUGUCGCCGUGGGCAAAGUCAAGGUGAAGCUGGACAUGACAGACCCUUUUCAGAUUGGGCCGAAUGGCAUGUUCAAACUGAAGCUUGGCACGUCAUGCUCCAUCGAGAACAGGACAUACAUCGACGCCAUCAUCCACGUUACAUCCGUGACGCUUUACUAG